AUGUAUCUUUUGCAGACACAGGAGGCCUCUGUGGUUGAUGUGACUUUGGAUCUAGGACAUUCUAAAAAUGACAAAGCUGCCUCAGACCUAAUGUGCAAUAUUGCCAUUGCUGAUAUAACCAAAGUGAGCGUUGACGAUUUUGCGAAACAAAUUACUUUGAUCGACAUGUCCUACUUUGCGGCUAUCAAAAGAUCUGAGUUCCUCAGUUUGAAGUGGAACGGCAGGGAUAAGAAAAUUUACGCCCCGAAUAUCGUUGAGUCAACUAAGUGGUUCAAUCAACUAAAUUUUUGGGUUCAGAAGGAGAUUUUAAAAUACUCAGUUGUUAUUAAAAGGACGGAAAUGUUGUCUUUCUUUAUCAAGUUGGCCAAAAGACUGGUUGAAUUGAACAACCUCUACUCGGCUAUGUCCAUAGUCUCGGCACUGCAGGUGGAGUGUAUUUAUCGCCUACGUCUCACCUGGUCAGGACUGGGACAUAGAGAAAGAGCGGCUUAUAGACGCUUGGAAGAGCUUUUCGGACAGCAAAAUAAUUGUCGACUUCUUCGAGAACAUACUGCUUCAAUGCGCCUUCCCGGCAUACCCUACCUCGGUCUCUACCUAUCUGAUCUCAUCUACACCAACGUCGCUCAUCCUCGCAUAAAUGGACAGCCUACAACAGUAUGGGUGACGAAGCUAAAUACCAUAGUUGAUGCUAUCUCCCACUUUCAACAAUCACGAUUCCCCUAUCAAGUGAACGAGAGUAUUCGCGCAUAUCUCCUUGCGCAGUCGUACAUUGAGGAGCUACAGAAGUUUCUCGAAAAUGCAAAUUUUAAAGCGUCUCUCCGUCUUGAGCCCCCAGUCGUUCUGGAUCCCCCUCCAUCUCUAAACAGCAACGGGUUUGCUGAAAUUUCUCGAAGAGGCAAUUCCGCUGUUGUUAGGGUUCCAUCGACUACCUCAUCCGUAACGGCAGGAUACGUGUCCGACCAGGAGCAGGGCGGUCGCAGGAAACGGGCCCCUAGCUUCAAUUCUCCACCGUUGUCGUUCGGUUGUUUGGGAGAGGAAGUUGAAAUUUCCUGUGAUAAGACGGGGUCGCAGUCAACGCCAACAAAACUGUCUCUUCCACCGAAUCUGGUCGAUUUGUUGGAAGGCGGUGUGUUCUGUUCACCUACGGAUCGGUCCCAGUGUAAACACCCCGAAUCACACAACCCUUCUCCUUCCUGCGGGGACGUAGACAUUGAUAUUGGACUAAAACCUGAGCCGCCACUCUCCUGCCCAAAAAAGCAUGAUCGAGAAGUCCAGGUUGUCCAGCCACAGUCCAAUGAAUCCUCCUUCCCCUUGCCGUCCGUUUGUCUUCUGUGUGGUCGUCAAUCCGAAGCAAAGUAUCAACAUCAUCAAGAUGGAUCUAUCACGCCCACAUGUUCACUUUCCGAAGCUGAGUUUUCGGAACAGCAAUGCCAAUCAACUACUGAGGCGCCUGUUCAAUCAAACACCGGAAAACCACCACCCUCUGUGUCAACAUCCCGGUCGAAAUCAUCCGUUGUCGAAAAUCGUGACGUGUGCUCAGCUGUAUUGGCCGCAGUGACUACAGACCUUGCGCAAGCCGCCAUUAAUGGAUCUACAAAAAAUCGUUCACCCUCCUUCGGUCUGCACUCUCGUUCCAAAGGGGACAUUUCUCAUUGGCCACCCACUAACCUUCCGUUCAUCACUGCCCUGCCUGCCGCCUGUGUUCUCUGUGAGGGUCCGAUCCGCCGCAAAACCGUUGGACGCCUGAUCCCGCCGGGACUCGAACUUGGGACUGGUGUAAUGAAUUCCAGCACCAAUAGCGAUGUUUGUGGACCCUGGUCAGAGUCGCCUGCCCCUUCCCCCGCUGCACAGCCGCAGCAGCGCUACACGGGAAACUCAUCGUGGAAGCCCUUUUGGUCUGCUCUUAUCGUUUUAGAAGGCUGGACCUCUGCCUAUAUGGUCUACUUUGAGGCGCUGACAAAAAAGCCGUGCAGAAAAGAGGAUUUCGCUCACGACCGGUGUCAGAUUCAACCCUUCCAAAACAACCAAACUGAAAGCGGUGGCGCGCGCAUCGACAGUCCACCCAGCAUCGGCCUUGCCCGCCACCGCGACGGCAGCGUUGACGAGUCUUCCUUCCUCUUGACCCAUCCCGGCCUGCACAAGACCUACCGCAUUCGACCCUUCCAAAGUUCCCCGCAAAAGAAAAUUUCUGAAGCCACCAACUUCCCAUUGACGCCUACCCCACAGCGACGCAACUCUCGCCGUAAUUUCUUCACUCUCUCCAGGAAGCACUCCGCAACCCCCACCCACACCCCAUCCUCUUCGUCUCUUCGCGAAAGGGGCGCCUCUGCUCCAAUGCUUGCAAGCGAUUUCCAGACGAUCGACAAUCAGUCACUACCGUCACCCUGCGUGGAGGACUGGGUGCACGCAAUUCAGGCCACUUUGGACAACAUCCACCCAUGA